AUGAUCGACUUUCAAAAUUUGCUAAAUGGAGAAUCAAAAUUCGUUUAUUACAAGCAAUGGCAGAUAAAUAUUGCUAUUGGUGUUUUUUGCGUUGCUACGACUAUCUUUACGACUGUGAUGAUCUGGUGGAUGCGAUUCGGAGGGUACGAGAAAAACGUAAUUAUGAAAAGAGAUCAGCUUCGCCGAAAGCUUCAAAUCGUCAAUGAAAGACUUGAGAAGGCUGGAUCAGCUGUGUCUUACGAGCGACGAUAUCCGCCAAGGCCCAUUGUUGGUGCUGGGUUUGAAAGAAACGUCUGGCAGAAACGAUCGUCGGGGGUUUCAAGAGCAUCGAGGAUUCAAACUGGCUCGGAUUAUUUUGAAAGAACUUCGGAUCGAAAAAGAAAUUUAUCUGUUAUUCAAGAAUAA